CUCAGUCGGCGAGGAAGGCGAGAGAGAGAAAGACAAUCCUUCGCAUUUUAUAAAGGAACCAUGUAACGUGUGAAGAUGUGCCAGGAGUGUGUUAAGGAAGAGUACCCAGAUCGGGGCACGAUCUGUCUGGACACAGGAGCGUACUUAGCAAACCUACAAGGCUGUCAUGUUUGUGGUGUUAAAGACUCCCUCAACACUGCGAACCGGUCCAUAUUCGACUCACAGACUUCUCCACAAGAAGUCAUUGAGUAUGACCAUGUAUGCGGAAUCUGCAGCCAUGUGAUUGCUUCUCACACACACCGGUUCUGGGUUGAAGAGGACUUCCAGUACUAUGAGAUGAGCUGCAUGCUCUGUGGUGAGGCUGAUGACACACGCUCCUGUCUCCCCGACGACCCACGCAUGGAAACCAUCUUGUUCUGAGGACCUAAAACACCAAGGAACUUUCCUCUUUCUAUGCCACAGUGAAGCAUGUGAGACUGUGAAUCCCUGCAUACAAGAAGGGAGGAAAUGGUUUGGGUGUUGUUGACUUUCUUGUCUGUGGAGAAGCUGUAUUCAUAAGAAGCACUUAGAUGUGCAUGUAGGAUCUCUUUACAUAAAUAUCUGUUGAAACCUGA